GACUGAUAGACAGUUUUUAUCUGUAAAACAAAGACAAGCUUAAUGGUUCUGCUGCCACGACCCUGAGAGAAGCUGAAUGGUUUAGAGUUUGACCCACAAUGGAGGAGCCCAGAUCUGACAACUCAGAGGAUAUUUAUGGUGAGGAAGACGAGGGCCCUCCUUCAGCAUACACUGACUGUGAGGCUGACUAUCAAAAGGCUGCUACAGAUGAUGAAGAUUCAUUUGUGGAUCUUUACUGUGAAGAAGAAAAGGACCCAGGAUCAACAACAUGUGCCGACUGUGAAGCUGAUUAUCAUGAAACGGGUACAGAUGGUAAAGCUGUUUGCCGUCAUGUUAAGACAACACAGUAUAAGACCAGCCAUGAGUUAAUUUCUCAGCCUCUGGAGACUCCUGCUGGUGAAAUGGAGAACCACAUUGUGAUCAACUGCAGGGAGGAAGAAACGUUACAAGAGACAACAGAGACAAAUGACUCGACAGAAAUCAGUGAUCUCCCUGGAAAACCAAACCUUGAGGAAGAAAGGAAAACGCAAAAGACCAACCUUGAGAGGCUUUUGGAAGAUUUGGGCUUGGAGCAGUACCACAGAGAGAAGUUAUCAUUAAGCAAAAUACUUGGGAUUGAUGAGAAGACGAUCACUGAUGACCUGGGCGACUGUAAAUCAAAUAUCCUGUUGAAUUUUCUCAAGAAAUUAGUGAUGGUUAAUGUGACUGCUAGGAACGUAAAAGGUGUAUCAUGUGACUUGAGUAAUGAAUCUUCUGAGUCAAACUGUGAUGAUGAAUCAGACAGUACAGAGAGCAAUUUUGAGGACCUGUUUGAGAGCCCAAAUAAGACUGAAACAUUUAAUCCUCUUGAUAUAAUGACUGCUCUCCUUUUGUGUUCUGAUGGUUUUGUUCAGCAAGAGUUAGCUCUAAAAAUGUCCAUGUGUCAGUUCUCUGUUCCUCUGCUGCUUCCUAACUGUGAUACACAGCAGUGCACCCUCAUGCUGUGGGCCAUGAGAGACAUUGUUAAGAAGUACAGACCUUCAGAUCUUUCAGAAUCAAAAGGCUUCAUAGAAGAGAGAAUAGUUCUUUCUGAACUUCCAAUGAUCUCAUUUGUGAGACUGGGUGAGUGCUCUCUGUCCAAAUCAGAGAUCCUCAAUAAACUUUUGAGUAACUCUGAGCAAUACCAUGACACCUUUGUUCACCACAACAUGGAGUCUGGAGACAUUCAGAGAAGAAUAUCCAAUGGACUGACUGAAAUGACCUGGUACCUUCCCUGUGGAAACAAAAACAUGGACAUCUUUAGUGAACCAGUUGCUAUAGCUAACCUUCGUGGAGACAUUGCUUCAUUUGAAACUCAAUUCUCCUUUUUGUGUCAAACAUCUGCUGCUGUUUUUGUUUUCUUUGACCAGCUGGACUCUGAGUGUGAACUGCUGAUGAACAAAAGCCAUAAAGCUCAAAUCUUCUUAGUGGGAAACCAACAGAACAAGAGCCUUACUCCAGAUGUUCUGAAGAAACUAGCAACCAGGCUGAACUUGAGUAAAAACAAUAUAAUUAUAAAAACUAACAAAACAAAUGAUGCAGACUUUGUCAAAUCUUUGAAGAAAACAGUGAGCAGUGUACUUACCAACCCACGGUUAAAGAUGUCAGUAGAGCAGAUGGCUGAAGUUGCUCAUGAAUUGGGAAUUCCAGUUGAUGAAGAUUCUCCAGAGUGCCAGGAUGGAAAGAAAAAUGCAGAUGCCAUCACUGCAGAGAUAAAAGAUACUUUUCAAUUCAAAGAAAAUCAGUUUCCUUUGCAAGGUCAAAUAUGGAAGGAACUGACAUUUUUGGAAAAGGAAGAAUUUCGUCUCCGAAAAGUUGGUUCUGAAAAUAUAGAAAACUAUAAGAGCAAUCUUAAAAAGAAAAGAGAAGAGCAACGUAAAAAACAAAAUUCCUAUGCAAUGUCAAGUGUAAUGUCAUGCUUCAUUAGGGCAAUAUCCAGCCCACAUAGAGAAAGGUGUUACUUUCUAAAAUGGAUGAGAAUGAACCUCGACAACUUGUCUCGAACAGAACUUUCUGGCCUUAGGGAACUUUACAAGGAAAAAUGCAAAGAUUCUGAAAACAAACAAGAGAUCAAAGAAAUUGACCAACAACUUUCCAGCAGCUCACUGGGAGUUGAGCACUUCUUCCGUGAAAUGGGUCAGAUCUAUGAAGCUUCUCUUUACCUUCCAGAAACAGAUCCAUCACGUCAACAGCUGCAACAUCUGCCCAAACUCUGUGCUCAGUUGUUGCUGGAUGGAUUUCCUCUUGAGCUUGUAGAUGGAGAUGCUUCCAACAUUCCUCUCGGAUGGGUGAGUGAUGUUCUGUCUCAGCUCAAUGACUUGGUGUCUCCAAAGAACAAGAUCCUGGUCGUCACAGUUCUUGGAGUUCAGAGCACAGGGAAGUCCACUCUCCUUAACACCAUGUUUGGAGUUCAGUUUGCAGUCAGCAGUGGUCGAUGCACUAGAGGUGCCUUCAUGCUGCUCAUCAAAGUCAAUGAAGACUUCAAGAAAGUUCUCAACUGUGACUUCAUGAUGAUCAUCGACACUGAAGGCUUAAAGUCACCAGAGCUAGCACAGCUGGACAACAGCCAUGAGCAUGACAAUGAGCUGGCAACACUUGUUGUUGGUCUGAGUGACAUCACCAUUAUCAAUAUUGCAAUGGAGAAUUCAACAGAGAUGAAAGACAUCCUGCAGAUAGUGGUGCAUGCUUUCCUCAGGAUGAAGGAGGUCGGCAAAAAGCCUCAAUGUCAGUUUGUUCACCAGAACGUUUCUGAUGUUUCAGCUCAUGAGAAGAACCUGAGAGACAGGAAGCUGCUGUUAGAACAGCUGAAUGAGAUGACCCAGGCAGCAGCUAAAAUGGAGAAGAAAGAGGAAAACAAGAGCUUCACUGAUGUGAUGGAGUAUAAUCCAGACACUGGGAACUGCUACAUUCCUGGACUCUGGAAUGGAAACCCACCAAUGGCUCCAGUCAAUGCAGGAUACAGUGAGACUGUCUAUGAACUCAAGAAAAACAUCAUCCAACAGCUGGGAAAGUGUGAGUCAACUUCUAAUAACAUCUUGGAGUUCAGAGAGUGGAUAACCAGCCUGUGGAACGCAGUAAAACAUGAAAACUUCAUCUUCAGCUUCAGAAACAGCCUGGUGGCUGAUGCUUACAUGAGGCUCUGCACAGAGUACAACCAAUGGGAGUGGGAGUUCAAAAAGGAAAUGUACAAAUGGGUUACCACAGCAGAAACAAGAAUUUCCAAUUUUGGUACAGCUGCUGCAAAAUCUAAACUAUCUGACAUGAAUGAAUUCAUGACCGAGUUGAAAAGUGAAGCAUUCACAGAGCUGACCAAGUGGGAGACAAAGAUUCUUGACAAUCUGAAGAAAUACUUUGAGCAGCCAGAAGGUCAUGUUUAUCUGAUUGAAGGAUACAGAGAGGAUUUCUCCAACAGCAUAAAGAGUCUUCGACGACAAACUGAAAGAUCAGUGUUCAACCAGAUCACAACAACAGCUGACAUUAAAGAGGGAUUGAAAGAACUCGACAAAAUCAGGGCCACUUAUACAGAAAAAAUUGAGAAAGCAGUUUGUGAUUUAAUUGAUAAAUGUCGUAAGAAAAAAGUUAAAAUGACUGACAGAGAGCUUGAUGAAAAUUUUGAUAAGAUGUGGACUGAAACACUGGAAACCUUGGCCUUCUCCGAACAGCAGACUUCAAAUAUCUUCACCAGUGUGUCCCAUCAGUUACAAACAAAUCUUUCUCCUAAGGGAAGCCAUGCAUGUGAACUGCUGAGUAAAAAAAACCUCAAAGACUGUGGACUGGAGCCUUUUACAUACAAACCCAAAGGACGGAGAGAAAAAAUCAAACACAAACUAACAGGAUGGUGGAACUCUACAGAUCCUAUAAAGGCCAGGCAAGAAACCGCUGACAGCAUCAUAUCCUCCUGCAAUGAUUGUAUUAGUGAUAAAAUCAAGAGAAAAACUAAUUAUCAUGACACUUACAUCCAGGAGAUUCUUCACAUCAUUGAUGAGAAGCUGAGCAAUGCUAAGGUUGACACUGACAUAGAGUUUGAGGUGUCUCUGAAACAACACAUCUGUGGAUCUGCAGCCAGGGAGUUUCAGAAGAUGCAUGAAGACUUUAUACAAGAAAAUGAUCCUUAUAAAUGUCUGCAGAAAAACAAAAACAAAUUUUGUACAGGUUUCAAAGAUGUGUUCUACAAACGAGACCAAUGCCAGAAGAAAGCUGAAGAAUUCACUAAUCAGUGUCUGAAACCUGCUGUGGAAGAUUUCAUCUAUCGUUCCUUGGGCCUCAACAUAAUCGAUGAAAUGCUGACAGGAGAAGAGUUCAGCACACGAAUGUCUUUUCAAUAUUCUGUUUUAAUGGAUCUUGUUUCAAGGAAUGAUUUUGAACGUUAUCUUUACUACAUCUGUUCCUAUGAAGAUUAUUUAAAAUCCCAGAUAUCUGACAGAAUAAAGAAGCAUUUUUCUGAUGGGUCUAUUCUAGGUGAAAUUGAAGACAGACAUCUCGAGUCGAGUAUUAGCAGCAUCAAUGGUGCCAUCAAAAAGACCAUAGCAACUGACAGCCUGAAGACAUUUGUUGAAGAGAUCUGCAAAGAACUUGGUGACAAACUGGUGAUUUCCCAGAAUGCUCUUGGUGCCUUCCUGGUCCUAAACAAUGCUGAUCAGAAACAGUUCGCUCACUGGCUCACAGUGUCUGUGAAGGACAUGGCAGAAGCUCUGAGGACAGAUAUUCAGAACAGACCCUUUGAAAUCAAACUCAGUCAUCUCCAUGUGAGUCUCUGGUAG